AUGACAGCUGCCAGCCCGGCCUGCAGCCCCACCUCCUCCUCCCACUCCUCACCUGCCUGCCUCCCCGCCUGCCGCAGACACCUGAGGAAGACCGAAGCCCUCCAGAUCCGCCUGCACCUGGGUUCGGCCCCGGGCGUGUGGCUGCUGCUGGGCGUGGUGGUGGUGCUGGUGGGCAUGAGCGUGGCUGUGGCGGGCUACGUCUCGGCGGCGCCCAAACCGGUGGGAGGCCGAGGCAGCACCCACGUGGAGAGGAUGAAGCUGGCCGGGCCCGUGGUCAUGGGAGUGGGCCUCUUCAUCUUCAUCUGCGCCGCCACGCUGCUCUACGAGAACCGGGAUCGAGAGGUCCUGAGGAUGGAGACGCCGGACGACCUGGAGGACCUGAAGGGGGGUAGCUGCUGGGAGGACUCUCAGGACCAGCACAGCUUCGGUUGCCAGGAGCAGUGGGAGGGCAAAGCCGGAGAGCCGGCGUCCUGGGCCACUCCGGCCCACAUCCUCCCCCUCGCCAACCCACCUCUGCCCGCUCGCUCCAGCAGAUACAGCGCCAGCAGCGGGCCGUCACUGCCAAACCCUCCUGCGGAUGAUAAAGAGGAGGAGGAGGGACGGUUGACGCUGCUGGCCCGAGUUCUGCACCACCAGGAGCCGGUUCCUCACCCGUCCUCCCCCCGCCUGUCCGUGUCACGCUGCUCCGUGUACUCGGACUCCUGCAACUCCAGCGAGAUCAACUUCAACAUUCGGACAGAGUCCUCGGCGCACCACUGA